CCGCCUUUCUUCUUCCGGGUGAAGCGGGGACGUCCAGCGGGAUGGCGGCGCCUUCCGCCUCAGGGCUCCGGCUGUGGCUGCUGCUGCUGCUUUGGGAGGCGCCGCGCAGGAUCCUCCACGCGGCGGCCCAGCCGCCUCCGCCGCAUGAUGCCGAGUUCACCUUCCUGCUGCCCGCCGGGCGGAGGGAGUGCUUCUACCAGGUCGCGCCCGCCAAUGGCUCUAUGGAGAUCGAGUACCAGGUUAUUGGCGGGGCUGGGCUCGAUGUUGACUUCUCCUUAGUGAGUCCUUCAGGCGCCUUGCUAGUGGAUGAGUAUCGGAGAUCAGACGGGCUACACGGCAUUGAGCCUACAGAGGGCGGUGAUUACAAGCUGUGCUUUGACAACUCCUUUAGCACCAUUUCAGAGAAGUUGGUGUUCUUUGAGCUCAUCUUCGAUAGCCCCCAGGAAGAUGAGGACUUGAACCACUGGGGAGAAGUGGCAGAACCAGAAGAGAUGCUGGACAUUAAGAUAGAAGACAUUAAGGAAUCUAUUGAAACCAUGAAGAGCCGCCUGGAAAAAAGCAUUCAGAUGCAGGCCCUUCUGCGAGCCUUUGAAGCCCGAGACCGCAACUUACAGGAAAGCAAUCUCAGUCGAGUCAAUUUUUGGUCAGCCAUCAACCUCAGUGUGCUGCUGGUGGUGUCAUUUCUCCAGGUGUAUAUGUUGAAAAACCUCUUUGAGGACAAGAGGAGAGUUUGGACGUAGCAGGAGGAAAAAUUGACUUCUCCCCAUUUCUGCCUGUAUGCGGGGGGGGGGGAAGUAAGGUUUCUACCAUGUCACUGAAGCUCACUACCAUGUAAAUCAGCUGCCAUUUCUUUAUCUCCUGACAGGAGGAGUUAAAACAUUGCAAACAAGUUAAAGGAGGGGUUAAGGUGUAGCAAUUUCAUAUCCACAUGUUGUGUGGUGCUAUCAAGGGACAGAAUACAGUUUGUUCUUGAAGGACUACAAGAAGUAAAAGAAAUGGAACAGUUAAGCACUGGACAGCUAACAAACAGAAGGCAACUUCAGUGUCACAUAUCUUUCAGUAGGUCUUUUGUUUACAGAGAAGGAGAGUGCCUCCCCAAAGACAGCAUGCAACAGUGCUUGCUCAUAGCCUUAAUCUUGGAUAUUUUUGUGUGCCUUAAUAGGAAGCGUGGCCAAAAUUAGCUGUUUUUACUUCUGUUGCAAAAUGACCUAUUCUUUAUUGUCUCUGAUAAAUGUCCUUGCCCUAAGAAGUUCUAAACUAUUACAGGGCACAAAUAGAAGCAAAGGUAGCUUUGGUUAUCUUUGCACUCCAUGGGUGGGCCCUGUUUUCUCCAAACAUGGCUGUGUAUGGAGCAUCUGCAACUACUAAAGACUGUUCAGUGUGCGAACAAUUUCCUAUCCUGGAAAGAGCUGAUAUUUGUUCUAAUUUGUAAAUGGUAUAGCCUGUUUCAGAAUUUUAAUUUCCAUCAAAAGCCAGUUGUGAGACUGGGAGAAAGAUUGCUUUUUCACAUCCAGUUUUUUAAAGUAUGUUUCACUGUUGGAGGUGCUGCAGAGGUCUGUUCCAGUGUCCAGGAGCAAUUAAAGCAGUCUGGUUGCAUUUGUUACUUUUGUCUUCUGGUUAAGCUUUUAGCAACUUGGAAUACUUUACUGGACUUUAGCAUAUGAGGUAUUUCAAGUGUACUGAAUUGGUCUUAAACUACAGAUAAUAAUGAUGGAUUCAUGUAUUUACACAUGAAUAGCAGACCCAUGUUUAAAGUGUGUGGUGGUAGCAACGUUAAGCUCUCAUGAUGCUUUUCUAGCAGAUCCUUUUUAUACCAAUUUGAUUCCCAUUGCAGAAUUGAGCUGGGCUUGGAGAAGAACACCUGGAAGAGAGCUGUGAGGAGGGAAGAUUUAGCAUCCCUUCAGCAAUUUCCUUUGCCUCCAUUUAUCAUUGGCAGAUUCCCUGUAGCUUGGGUUUUGGUUCCUCACUGCCCCUUUGAAUGGUGAAUGUUAAAUAUUCAAGAGCAGUGGAUGCCUAGCCCCAAAUCUACACUUGCAUUUUAUUUUCCCCUUUAAAUCCACAGAAUGCUAAACUGUACUUGAAAAUUGCAGUGACAUUAGCUUGAGUUGGAGAUUCAUGGAAGUCUUCAGGAUGGGAUACUGCCAAGUGUUAGUAACUGCUUCUCAGACUACAGUAUCUGGCUGAUUCUUGAUGGCAUGAAAAAUGUUUAAACAAACAUCCAAGGUUUUCUUACUUUUUUUUCUUUUUUUGAAGAAAGAUCAGACAUAUUAGUCUGAUGGCUAACACUGACCUUUCCAAACAGAACAAAACCUUGUACAGGUUAGCAUCCUGAGGUUCAGUAAAUGGUCUUUUGUUUUGGACGUUGCACUCUCCUGAAUCACUGAUCUUGAAUUAUGAUGGGAAUAAUAAUGUUCUGUUGUAUUUCAGCACUUUCCUUAGCAUGGUAUUUAAUGUGGGAAGGCUGCAUUGCAUACUGUUCCUCCCCUGGAAGAGGCUAAUGGUCACAGAAUUAAUAUGAAUUUCAGGACUUGAGACAUUUUGGUGUGCCAUUAGCACAUUCUUAGGAGGGGCCUUUAUACGCAUCUACUGCUUAUCAUUUAUCAUCUGGGAAAUAAUGGCCACCAUAAAAUUGGAUGAAUGCAGUGUUAGGACCAUUCUUAAAAGGCACCAGAAUUUGCCAUUAGCUGGAAUUGAGCCACAAACUACUACUAAUUUACCCUACUCAGAAAGGCAAACUGUUGAGACCAGCAUAAACUCAACCAAAAAAGCAGAGCUUCCUUUUAUCUCUGAUUCCUGCAUCAUCUGUAUACAUCCAGGGAGGGAGCCAUGUGUACUUCUACUAAAUGACCGUGGGGCAUUUUUACAGUAAUAUAUUUCUGAAGCAACCAGUGUUGCACCUCAGUUGUUCAAGGCUCUUGGGAAUCUGAUGUUUCAAACUGUAGCGUCUCAGGUGCUGCAAGAGACUAUCUUUUUGAACUCCAUUUACAUUUUACUUAAGCUGGAAUUAAAGGUCACCACGAAACAAAUUCAGUGCCACAGUGCUAGUCAGUAUAGUACAUUUAAAUGAGUUUACAAUAAACUGCUUUUCCUCCUUUUUGAGAGCUCUUAACUACAGUACAGUGUGGUAAUAAAACUUUGUCCUCUAUGAGCAAUUGAAGAAAUAAAGUUACUAUAUCCCUCUUU